AUGGCAUCGAACGUGUAUGAUGUGAUUGUUGUCGGAGCAGGAUUGUCGGGCUUACAAGCAGCGCUGGACAUACAACAGGCUGGAUUGAAGUGCCUUGUUCUGGAAGCAAGAGAUCGUGUGGGUGGUAAGACACUCUCAUUGCGUUCUAAUAUUUCCGGUCAGGCUGUCCUCAAGUCGGAACUGGGAGCGGCAUGGAUCAACGAUACCAACCAGAGCAGCAUGUGGAAGCUUGCGCAGGAACUCGGUCUCAAUACCUAUCAGCAGAACAUCAUUGGAGACGUGGUGGUUCAAGAUACCGAUGGGUCAUUGAUCAAGUUCCAAUAUGGCGAUGUUCCCAAGUAUCCUUCGGUGGAGGACACUGCUUCAUGCAUCGCGAUACGAGAUUUAGUCCAUGAGGCUUCCGUCUCUCAGUCACCGUCGAUCUUCUUGGAUGGUCCACACCGUCAAUACCUCGACACCAUCUCCUUUGAGACAUAUCUGCGAGAAGCAAAAGUGACUGCGAAAGGAUUUGCGACGGCACAAGUCUGGACACAUGCUAUGGUGGGUUGCGAUCCUAGCGAGGUUUCUGCCUUGUACUUUCUAGAAUAUUGUGCUGCAGGUGGCGGCUUGAUGACUAUGCGAGGCGAUGGCAAGCACGGUGGUCAGUAUCUUCGAGUUCGUGAAGGCACGUCCGCAUUCGCGGAGGGAAUGGCUCAAAAACUGAUAGCAGGUUCUCUGAAGCUUCAAAGUCCUGUAGUGUCAAUAACACAAGCAGCAAGCAACGGAAGCGUCUCAGUAACAACGAGAAGUGCUGAUACCCGAACGUUCCAGGCCCGCAGAGUCAUCAUCUCCGUGCCCACACCAGUGUAUAAGACAAUUGCAUUCAGUCCACAGCUUCCACCAGCGAAGACGGCGGUCACAAACCGUACACGGUACGGCUUCUACACAAAAUACAAUGUGACAUUCCGCCGUCCAUUUUGGUUGGACAAGAACCACUGCGGUUUAGCACAGUCGUUCAUCGGACCCAUUUCGGUGAUUCGUGACACCAGCCUCGAUGACGGCAAAACGUAUUGCUUGACAUGCUUCAUGGGAGGCAAGUUCGGGAGGAAAUGGGCAGCACAGGAUGCUGAGGGAAAGAAACGCUCAGUUCUGAAGCAAGUAGCGGAUAUCUUCGCCGAUGGUACGGACAUCAGUGAUCUCUUUGUAGAAGCAUUUGAAUCACCAUGGAUGGAAGAGGAGUAUUCUGGCUGGGGUUGCCCAUGCCCUGUGACGCCUCCAGGGGUCCUGGCAGAGGCAUGGGACGCUAUGUGUGCGCCAUUUGGAAAUUUGCAUUUCGUGGGCACAGAGCUUUCAAGAGUCUGGAGAGGCUACAUGGAAGGUGCGGUACGGUCUGGAAGUUCAGGUGCCGCAGAAACCCUGUUGGGCUUGAAGGCUACCAAUCCGAAGCUUUAG